AUGCACAUUCCUGCUCCGCCCUACCGUCCCGAUCUGCCAUCUCGCACCAAUCGCCAGACCCCACCUCUGUCUGGUGAUUCUCAACCCUCAGUUCUCCCGGCUCUCGUAGGUUCUGCUGACCCUUCCUUGGUCGACACAGCCAAUCAUCACCUCACCUUCGAUGCCUCUUCGCAUCAACAAACUACUGUGCCGUCAGCAUUCAGUCCCGUGCGCCUCAUGGGCUCGCUACCGGGUUUGCCUCUUCCCUCCUUCGGUUCAUUCAUGGAUCGUCUUUGCGACCAAGAAAGCGACAAUUCUAAUGCCAAUCGUAUGGCGGCCACUGCUCGCCAUCUCCCUGCGGCAGGAUCCCGACGCGCCUGUGGACGCCCCUCUCGAGGUGGUAAUGUCAGUCGUCAGUCCAACCACAUCGGCAGGCCGACUACAGGAUUCGAUCCCGAAGUGCCGUUACUUCCAUCUGAUAUGCAAGCGGAGGAUGCGUCACGGGGCCUUACCUCGGACCAGCAUGGUUGUGCGGUCAUAACGGUGGUCCUUCCUAUCCCCGUCACCAGCACAUCCCCUUUCUUCAUUGGCCGCAACGGUAUGGGCAACAUCCCUUACAGAGGACUUGAAGCCGAUGGUCUUCGGGUCCUCGUCGAUCGCUUGAGUCGCCUUCAUCUCCUUUUCCACGUGCCUUCAUCCACCACUAGUUUUCUACAACUACACCUCCGUCUCACUGCAGCUCUGGUGGCCCAUGAUCUCUCCUUCCCUGCUCCGACAAAUGAACAAGGCGAGGUGUUACAUGCUGCCACCCCUCACUCAUCUCCAGAAAUAUCUGAAUAUGACAGGAGGCUGUUCGACAUUGUCAGGCCUGGUCGCCGUGUCAGUGGACAUCCAGGAGCGUACAAGUACGUGAUGAUCAACACAGCUCAAACCAUCCUCCCUCAGCUUCGCAAGAAGUUCAACAAGUGGAGAUGUCCAGAAGCCACAGUUCUCGCCCAUCCCCACGUGCUUGUCUUCGUCGCCCCUCACCAUGGUCCAAUGUUCGGACACCUUCCGGCUUCUCUUGGUCGUCUUCCAGGCAAGCACAUCUGCUUCUCUCGCCAUGCGCUACAUCAUCUUUCGCAUUGUGUACCGCACCAUCCUCAUCUGGAAGACAUCUGCUUGGGCGUUCCCUGCCUUCAGAUAACGGGCAACCGCAUGACCCCAGACCCAGCGGAGCCUCCGGUUCAUAGCAAUCAGUUGCCGACUCGGCGCUCCCACAGUCAGAGUCCUCCUUCGUCUGUAACCAGGCCGGCCACUCGUCCACGACUUGCUUCCCCACCCCUGCCUGACAGCCAUUUGUCGGUAGUCAGCACAGUCAAUCAUCACCUCAACAGCCCCUUCCUUCCAGCAGGACCUGGGUUUGGUGCUGCUGGCGACCACGCACCGACCCGCCCGUCCUGGUCUUCUCCUCACAGCGCCCCUCCUUCAGACACCAUUCGCUCUCCAGCCCGUCCAUCCCCUUCACCUUCGAUUGUCUCUCGAGACAACACAGUCAAUCAUCAACCAUCUCGCGACAUAUCCACCCGUCAUGUUUCCGCUGGGUCUCACCCAGCUUCAUCCGCAGCGCCCGCCAAUCAGUGGGACCAGUGGUCUGUGAUCAAACUCUCAUCUGAUGAUGAACCUGACAUUGCUCCGCUUGUCUUUGCUGGGUUCACUGUCGAUUCCAAUUCAGAGGACGAAGAUGACAGUAUCGUUGUUGAUGGAGCGUGGCAACCUGCUGAGCUCGGUACUCAAGAGUAUAAUAAGUGGGUCCGGGAAUGGGCCAAUGAAGCGCGGCGAGAGAUCGAUCUGCUGCCUGCUCAGUAUGACAAGCCGUUUGUGGGCGAACUUUACCCGGGCCAGCCCUCCACGCACAUGGAGCCUGCGCUCCAAACCCUAGGAGUCGAACUCUCCAUGACAUUCUGGAUGCUGUUAAACGCCGCCUUCCCCCUGUCUGGGCCACCUUCAGAUGUCGGGAUGGACGACUUACGGGUUUUUGCUAGUCGUCUCUCACCAGACAUGUUUCGAGUCGAAAUAACAAGCGCUAGGGUUACGCCCUCUGCUCGUGGGCGACUCCUCACUUCUGGACAAAGCCCGUCGCACGUGACCUUCAACCUCCUCAUGCGCCAUUAUCUUAGUCUCAAACCUCAAGCCUACAGCACCACACCAGACGGUUACAUGGCGCUGAACCCGCCACACGAUUAUGACCCCUCGGACAGCCUGUUUUGGCGAGGUAUCGGUAUUCUUUCUUCCCUGUGGUUGCUAUAUGCUGGUACACCGCCUUUCAACAUUUCUCCUUUUGUUUUCUUCGUAGGAGCCUCCCAAGACAAGCCGGCGUCAUUAGCAACUCUGAAGGAUGCCUCCUUACUUCGGGCUUGGGCACCCAGAGCUGCUGAAUGGCUUGAUUCAUGGGACCGCCUAGGAGACUCGCACAUCUCUGACCAUCUGCCGCCAGUGACUGGCGAUCGUGGACCGCAAGCGCAACACGACAUGAACACGUUCCGCGUCUACCUGGACGCGUUAGACAUUGAUCUCCCCGACGCCCUGGACACAGACCUGACGGGUUUUAAACUCACAGAAACGGACCAUCGUCGCAUACACGACGAUCUCUUGCACUUAUUCCUCCUCGGAUCGCGGACCAUCUCACCCCCCAAUCAUCAGUUACCAUCCUACUCUGCCGGGCUCAUGUUUUUUGACAAGUUGCGCAUGUUUUACCUCCAUCGCGCCUUCGGCAGCUUCAAAACUUUUGUUUACACGGUCUGGCAGGACAUCACGGUCAACCCGGCUGCAUACCUUCUCCAGAGGGUCAAGUGGAUGUAUCCAUCGGCCGCCCAGGAUGCGAGCGCAUGGGCCGACAUCAAAAGCGCUCUGAUCCGUUUUUUCUCGCAAGACGGGCUACCGGCUUUGACCGCCAGCACUGGUACCAAAGCCUUGUCGACAUUGUACGAGCUAUAUCAGGCCGGCCCGAAGGCUUGCACCCCGCAUAACACCAUGCACCAACCACACAUACGCCGCAUACUCCUUAAUAAACUGGUUUGCAGACAUGAAGUUCCACCGGGAGACGCGCAAAUAACGAUUGAAAUAAUUCCCAGUCGCCAUAAGCCCAUAGGACAUGCUGGACAGCAAGCGGAGCACACCACCUUUGCAGCUCGCGUGUGCUUUGCCCGGCUGACAAUACACUACGGAGCUUCACUGCAUGCACUUGCUGUUGCUGGAGAUGAUGGGGAGGAGUUCGACCGCAUAAUCUUUGCGGGGCUUCUCACGCCUAGCAUCGCGGAGUUUACGACACUCUGA